AUGAGUAUCUUGUACGUGUUUCAAAAGGGAACAGCUGACUAUGCUGCGAAACCCAUGUUGAGAGCGGCCCUUUUGCCCGAGGAGAUGGUGUUUUAUUACUACAGCAACCAUAGCAUCCCUGUGGGCCGUUUUCGGGACCGGGUGCAGUGGCAAGGGGACGUUUCCCGCUGGGAUGGCUCUAUCCAGCUGCAGAAUGUGCAGGUGAACGACAGCGGCACAUACGUGUGUGAGAUCCGGCUGUUACAGUGCAGCAGCAUCUUCAAGAACCACACAGUGCUGCACAUCAGCCCCGUGGAACGGAGAGCAGGACGAGGAGCAGCAGGCGCCCAGAACGCUGCAGCCCCGGGAGACGCUGGGAUCUGGCCCAUGGCUGCGGGCUGUGGCUGUGUGGCUGUGGUGCUGGCUUUCCUGGCCGGACUCGGCGUGAGGAAGAGGUCUGCAGCCAACGCGGCCCUGGAGAGGACUGGAAAUGGAGAUGGUGGCAGCAAGAACAAAGCAGAGGAAGCGCUUUACUCCUCAGUCCCUGAAGCUGAGGCACCAAAGGCUGAGCAGGAUGCAGGGAGGAAGAGGAGAGCCGAGGACACCUACAUCACCAUGCACCCCUCCAUCUUCCGGGACAACAGCGUCUACGUGGAGCUGGCCAGGAGGGUGAUCCCGGCAGAAUGGAUGGGAGAGGGGAGACAGGGUGAUGGACAAAACAAGCACCCCUGCAGCAGACCAGAGACGGCACUUCCCUUGCCUCCAGAGGGGGAGAAAUAG